AUGAGUUUCAUGAGCAUCACAGGUCGUGACUUGAAUAGGGACACUUCAAUAUUAAAUGUACAUCAUCCAAUAACUCCCACCAAGAAAAGUUCACGAAUAACAUCAAGAAUGCUUGAGGAGCCAGGAGAUCUGAUGGAAUUAGAAACUACCCUCGCUGAAGAGAAUUACUAUAAGGAAUCACAUAACCAAUUUGGAAAGAUUGCUGAUAAUGUAAAUAAUACGAUACAUGAACUUAGUUUGAUUUAUAAUCAAAUUGGAUAUUCAUCUACUGAAACUGCCAUCAAAAAGUCCGAGAUUUUCAGUGUCAUACAAGAUACUAUAACUAAUUUCACUACCAAUCUCCAAAGAGAGAAAAGUAAUAUAGAAAAUGAAUGUGAAUGGCUCCGUCAACAAAUCAGAAUAAUUAUUGCCAUGAUGGAUGAUAAUAAUGGUAGUAAAACUCUUAGCUUGAUGCGUAGAGGGAUGGUUUUCAAUGACCAGGAGAUGUAUGAAAGAGGUUUUAAAGAAGAUAUUCUUACUAAGAUAUCCAAAAUCCAAAAUCGUAAACAAAACUUCUAUGCAAGUUCACCAUUUAAUGUCACUUCCACUGUUGAUAAAAGUAACUCAAUUGAACAAUAUGAGUACAUGAUGAAUAAUAUCCCUGAAUUAAGUCUUUUACAGCAAAAGAGUAAACUUAAUGGUGUGUUUUUGGAUGUCCUUAAAAAUUUCAUUGAUAUUUUUAAGAAAUUCACGGAAUCAAAUUUAAUAAGAUUGGACAUUCUUGAAAGUAUAGGAGAAUAUUAUUCUUCUGAAGAUAAUGAUCUGUUAAUUGGUUCAUUGCCCAGCAGGACUGAGGCAGAUGAACAUCGAGAAUUAAUUGAUAAGUUUGAAUCAAUUGUAGAUUUAUUAAGACCAUCAAAAGAAGAUCUGUUUGGUAAUGCGGAUGAUAAUAAUUUUAUCAUAUCAAGUCCAAGAAAAAAUGAAAAAUUAAAGGAAACUGAGGGUCAAAAUUAUAAAGAUCAACAUACUUCAAAUUCUAAUAAUCUUAUGGGAGCACUUCGUGAAGUGAAUUAUAAAAUUGUUAGAGUGAUACGAAAUUUAAAAGUUACCAAAAUUAAUAAUGAAGUAUUAGAUAAAUUACGAAAGGAAAUUGAAAGUUGUGAAACUGAAUUAAAUAGUCGCAUGCUGGCCAUGCAAAAUGCUAUUGACUCAUGUUUUGAACUUAUUGAAACAUUACAUUUAAAUGAGGAACAAUUAGUCUCCAUCCAGAGGAAGUUUGAUAUCAAUGCUUCUGUGUGUAGUGACAGAUCUCAAGGUAAUACCAGUGGUGGUUGUUUAGAUUCUGAAACUUUGAGAUUUAUUCAAAAUAAUCCUAGAGAAUUUGGACUUAGUGAUAAUCAUUUGGGCUAUAUUAAUAGUAUAGCAGAGAUUUUAUCUAAAAUUAAAGAUGCUAAGCAAAGUCGUUGGGAUAAUUAUUUUACUUCAUGUCUGCAAUUAUGGGAUAAACUUAGAGAAGAUCCAAAUUAUGUUGAAAGUUUUAUCAGAGCAAACAGUGAAUUAACUGAUAUUUCACUUUUAAACUUUAAAGUUGAAUUAAAUCGAUUAUAUGUAAGAAGAUCAGAAUUUAUUGAAAGUUUUAUUGCUGAUGCAAGGAAAGAGAUUGAAGAAUUGAAUGAUUUAUUAUUUAAAUCUGAAACUCAACGUGAGUCAUUCAAAUAUCAUCAUUAUAACCAAAAUAAUAGUUUGGAUAAAGAAACCGUUUUGAAUGAUCAUGAAGCUGAACUCUCCAGUCUUAAAGAAGAAUAUCAAUCUAAAUCAUCGGUUCUUGGAUUGUAUACUCAAUUGAAUGAAUUGUUAAAGGAUCAACGAUUCCUACAAGAAUCUUCUAAAGAUUCGUCAAGAUUACUCAGUAAGAAUUCUUGCAAAAUAUUAUUAAAUGAAGAAAAAAUCAGAAAGAAGAUUAAUAAAGGACUUCCUAAUAUUAUAAAACAGCUUAAAUCUGAGGUUAUCAAGUAUAAUAACGCUCAAUUGAACGAAGGAAACAAGCCAAUGACUAUUCAUGGUGAAGAUUUCUUUGAAAAAAUUAUCAUGAUUGAGUCACAAUCACUGAAUAGAAAUGUAAGAGCAAAACCAAGAACAAAAGCUGGUAGUAUAAACUCUCCAAAUAAAGUGACAAAAGCUCAAUUUGAUCAUAAAUCAUCUCCUAUCAAAAAUGUCCGUUCACCAGGUGCAGCUCAUCCAACUUUUUCUUCGACUAGUCGCAACAAGUCACCAUUAAAACCAUCAGUAUCUCCACAAAGGAAAACACCUGACAAAUCGAUGUCUGCACCUUCUACUCAAUCUAAAAACUACGACUCUAGUAUGCUUAGUCCAAUGAGAGCUACUAGACAUCUCUCCAAUUUGUCAAAUUUGGUCGGUUCCAGGUUGAAACCGUUGAACACUCCACUAAUUGCAACUGAUGUGGACCACUAUUCUGAUGUCUCAGUUCUGUCAAAAUUAUCCCCUUUGAAGACAAGUUUCAGUACAUUUAGUGCCUCACCUACUCGUGACUUUGAUGAUAAGGAGAAUUCAUUCUGUAACAAGUACUCCUUGUCUCCAAUUAAACCUUCGGAGUACAUGAAAGAGGAGUAUACCAACCAUAAUGAGAACACCAGCCUUGAUAGCUCCACUAUAAUAGGAGAUGAGUAUCAAAUGUGGAGAAAUGAAAGAAUUCGUCAAUUAAAUAGUUUAUCUUAA